GGAGGAGGCCGAGGCAGAGCCUGGAGACGGCGAUGGAGGAUGAGGAGGAGAGGUGGAGGAAGGGGGCUGCGAAGGGGGCGAGGGCCGGCUCGGCGCUGAGCUGCUCGGGGAGCUGCUGUUCCGCCCUGGCCAUGGCUGCAAAAGACCCUACAGCUGUUGAACGAGCAAAUUUAUUAAAUAUGGCUAAACUGAGUAUCAAGGGACUCAUUGAAUCUGCUCUGAGCUUUGGACGAACUCUUGAUUCCGACUAUCCUCCUCUGCAGCAAUUCUUUGUCGUCAUGGAGCAUUGCUUGAAACAUGGCCUUAAAGUAAAAAAAUCUUUCCUAAGUUACAAUAAAACAAUCUGGGGACCUCUGGAGCUUGUGGAGAAAUUGUACCCAGAAGCUGAGGAAAUCGCUGCUAGUGUUAGAGACUUACCAGGGCUCAAGACUUCCUUAGGACGUGCUCGGGCCUGGUUACGAUUAGCACUCAUGCAAAAAAAGAUGGCUGACUAUUUACGGUGUCUUAUCUUCCGCAAGGAUCUCCUUAGUGAAUUUUAUGAAAAUCACGCACUGAUGAUGGAAGAAGAAGGCGUAGUUAUCGUCGGGUUGCUCGUUGGGUUAAAUGUAAUUGACGCAAACCUGUGUGUAAAAGGAGAAGACUUGGAUUCACAAGUUGGUGUGAUAGAUUUUUCUAUGUAUUUAAAGAAUGAAGAUGAUAUAGAAAGCAAAGAAAGGAAUGACCACAUUGCUGCUAUAUUGGAUCAAAAGAAUUAUGUUGAAGAAUUAAAUCGACAACUGAACAGCACAGUCGGCGGCCUCCACACACGCGUUGAUUCAUUAGAGAAGUCAAACACCAAGCUGAUUGAAGAGUUAGCAAUAGCCAAAAACAACAUCAUUAAACUUCAAGAAGAAAACCAUCACUUAAGAAGCGAAAACACACUCAUUUUAAUGAAAACACAGCGUCAUCUAGAGGUCAACAAAGUGGAUACUGAUGCGGAACUUCAGACAUACAAACACUCCAGACAAAGCCUGGAUGAAAUGUACAAUGAGGCACAUAGACAACUUAGAGAAGAAUCACAGUUACGACAAGAUAUAGAGAAUGAGCUGAUGGUCCAAGUUGGUAUGAAGCAUGAGAUAGAACUUGCAAUGAAGUUGCUGGAGAAAGACAUUCAUGAAAAACAGGAUACACUUAUAAAUCUACGGCAACAGUUGGAAGAAGUCAAAGCAAUAAAUGUAGAAAUGUACCAAAAGAUUAAGGUUUCAGAUGAGGACAUGAAAGAAAAGAAUGAAAUAAUUGGUCGACUGGAGGAUAAAACCAGUCAGAUUAAUACCACUAUGAAGCAGUUGGAGCAAAGAUUGCAGCAAACAGAGAAGUCUCAAACGGAGGCAGAGAGUGAGGACAAGAAAUAUAAGCAAGAUUAUAUGAGUAAAUCUGAAAGUCUUCAGAAAGAAAUUACUCAAAAGGAGAAGCAAGUGUGUCAGCUGGAAACAGAUCUGAAAAUAGAAAAAGAAUGGCGACAAACGAUGGAAGAAGACCUUAGAAAGGAAAAAGAAAUGGCAUCUUCUCUGAAGACCGAGACCCAACAAAUCAUUACACUUAAAAAAGAGUUCUUAAAGUUACAAGAAAAGAACAAGCAGUUGAGAAAUCUCUGUCACGAUCAAGAAGAAGCUCUCCAAGAACUGGCUGGAAAACUUAGCGAAUCAAAGCUUAAAAUAGAAGAUAUAAAAGAAGCAAACAAAGCUUUACAGGGGCAAGUCUGGCUAAAGGACAAAGAUGCUACCCACUGCAAGUUAUGUGAAGCAGAGUUUUCUCUUUCCAGAAGGAAGCAUCAUUGUAGGAACUGUGGUGAAAUUUUCUGUAAUGCCUGCUCAGACAAUGAACUGCCUUUGCCCUCUUCGCCGAAGCCUGUACGGGUCUGUGAUACUUGCCACGCAUUGCUCAUACAGAGGUGUUCCUCCAAUGUGCCAUAAGAGUCCUCUGAAGAUUUAUAAACGGUUGCCUCCCAACUGGGAUGAGUAUCCUAAUAUUGCCAUAUGUACUUCUGCUACGGCACCAUGUUUCUCUUAUCAAAAAAUUUGGAAUAUCCACUGCU